CUGUGGCACGACGCGACAGAGGGUGACACCGGGAGAAAGGUGACAGCGACAGCGCGUGACAACGACACCGGGUGACAACGCCAGAGCCCUCGGCUUAUCGGCACAGCUGGAGCCCUCUCGCACCGCGAUGGCUCGGCGCUCCCUGCGCGGCGCUCGGUGGUGUGGCCCCGCUGCGGGCCUGGCGGCGCGGGCGGGGGCGGCGGCGGCGUUCCAUAGGGCCGGGCUUCCAUAGGGCGUAUUUCCAUAGGGCCGGGCUUCCAUAGGGCCGGGCUUCCAUAGGGCGCAUUUCCAUAGGGCAGCCGUUCCAUAGGCCGGGCUUCUAUAGGGCGCAUUUCCAUAGCACCGGCUCCCCAUAGGGCGCGUUUCCAUAGGGACUGCGGAGCCGCUCCCGCCCCGCCGCCGCCCGGUUCCCCUCUCGUCGCCGCCGGCCCCGGGAGGAGCGGGGCCCUGCGCAGGAGGCUCCACCUUGCUAUGAGCAGCCGGGAUGGAUCCGGAAGAGCAGGAUUUGCUGGGGGAUUACAGGUACAGGAAUUAUUCUUCAGCCAUCGAGAAAGCUUUGAGGAACUUUGAAUCAUCCAGCGAAUGGGCAGACCUGAUCUCUUCCCUUGGCAAGCUCAACAAGGCUCUGCAGAGUAACCUGAAAUAUUCGCUGCUGCCCCGAAGGUUGAUCAUCAGUAAAAGAUUGUCCCAGUGCCUGCACCCGGCCCUGCCCAGUGGCGUGCACUUAAAGGCUUUAGAAACCUACGAGAUCAUCUUCAAAAUCAUUGGCACCAAAUGGCUUGCCAAGGAUUUAUUCCUGUACAGCUCAGGUUUGUUCCCUCUGCUGGCAAAUGCAGCCAUGUCAGUGAGACCUGUUCUGCUGGGCUUGUAUGAGAAAUAUUUUCUCCCUCUCCAAAAAUCCCUCCUGCCCGGUCUCCAGGCCUUUGUCAUUGGGCUGCUGCCUGGCCUGGAAGAAGGAUCAGAAAUUUAUGACAGGACAGAUGCUCUGCUGGUGAAGCUGUCCCUGCUGAUGGGCCAGGAGGUGUUUUAUGGAGCCCUGUGGGGCAGUGUCCUGGGCAGCCCCUCCAUCAGGCUCCCUGCUUCCCUCUUCGUUGUCAGCCACAUCAACAGGGAGCUCUCUGGCAAGCAGCAGAAAUUCAUGCUUGGCACGGAUUAUAAACUCACUAUAAAGUCUUUGUGUGUGUCAGUGCUGGAUUCCAAUGUCCUGGUGCAGAGGAACACUCUGGAAGCAAUCCUCUUCUUUUUCCCAUUUUACACAGCUUUGGAUUGCAAGGAAAGCACCAUCCUGCUCAGAAGGGCUGACCUGGUUUAUAUCCUGUCCGCAGCCACUCAGACCCUGCUGAGGAGAGACAUGUCCCUCAACAGGAGAUUGUAUGCCUGGCUCCUAGGUUCUGAUAUUAAAGGUGGCACUUUUGCUCCAGACUCCACCACUUCUGAAGACCAUGCUGUUUAUUUCUUUGGAAAAUACUCUAAAGAUCUCUUGGUUGAGAGUUUGAUUGUGAUUCUGCAUCAGAAAUUCCCAGAGGCUGACCCAGAGGAGCAGCACCAGGCUUAUCUGAAACCCUUCCGGAUCCUUAUCAGCCUCCUGGACAAGCCUGAAAUAGGGCCACAGGUUGUUGGGGAUCUGUUCCUGGAAGUUCUUAGAGCUUUUUAUUCCUACUGCAAAGACACCCUGGGUUCUGAUCUCAAACUCAGCUACAACCAAAGUGGCAACACCCUGGCAAGCGCAAUCAAAGAGAACAAAAAUGCUUCAGAAAUUGUCAAAACAGUGAAUUUGCUGAUCACAUCCUUGAGCACUGAUUUCCUCUGGGAUUACCUGACCAAAUGCUUUGAAGAUUGUUUCAGAAACAAAUCCACGGGGAUGAGGUAUCCUCUGGAAAACGUGAGCGCUCCUCCCACCAUUUCAGAGCUGUGCACCCUGCUGGUGUUCCUGCUGGAUGUGAUUCCUCUGGAGCUCUACUCAGAGGUGCAGACUCAGUACCUGCCCCAGAUGCUCAGUUACAUGGUGCAGUCUCUCCUGGAAAACAUGGAAUUCCUGGGGCUGCCAGAGCUCACUCAUGCCUUAAAAACCUGUUUUAAGGUGCUCAGCAAGGUGCAAAUGCCCCCUUCCUACCUGGACACUGAGGCUGGCAGUGGCAACGGGAGCCCGGUGCCCAAGGAGGAGGCGGGCACAGCCCUGGAGAGCAGAGCUGGGCUGCAGGAGGAGGAGGAGGAGGAGCAGGUGUCGGUGAGGACAUCAUCUCCGUUCCCCACGCUCCGCUCCGAGGACAGCGGCAUCGGCCUGAGCGCCUCCUCCCCGGAGCUGUGCCAGCACCUGCGGCUGCCCACCGUCACCCUGGGCACGGAUGAUGUCUGGAAAAAAGGAGGGAGCAUCCAGAAAACUCUGCGCUGCACCCAGGAGCUGGUGGCCAAGUUUGCCAGCAAAUACAUUUUUGGGAUGCAGCUCCAGGAAAUGAGUCCCGAAGGGAUUGCGGCGAUGAAUCCGAGCGGGAAGGAGAAAAAGGAGAACGGCUACAGGUUACCUGAGAGCGGCAGCAAGAAGAAGAGUCCCUGGGAUGGCAAACAAAUCACUGUGCCCCAGGUGAAGCAAAUGCUCUCAGAGCUGUUCUCAGCCAGGGGCUCACCCUUCAGGAGCAAGAAUUCCACUGCUCUGCUCUCGGAGCACAAAAAGGAGAAGGAGGAGGAGGAGGAGUGGGACCUGGAGCUGGUGCUGGGGCCGCUCCGAGGGGACUGCAGGGAAGCUUUCUCUGCAGCUUGUCACCUGCUGCUGGACUGCACCACAUUCCCAGUGUACCUGUCUGAGGACGAGAUGGAACACUUGUACCUCUCUCUGUUCCAGGGGCCUGGAGGUGACCCCAGCUUCCCCCUGUGGCUGAAGUCCCUGAUGACAAUCUGCUGCUGUGUCAACGACUGCCACGUGCAGAACGUGUCCAUCUUCACCCUGCUGGAGGUCAUCAACCACUCCCAGUCCCUGGCCCUGGUGAUUGAGGACAGGAUGAAGAGGUACAAAGUGUCGGGCCACAACCCUUUCCUUGGCAAGCUGCAGAUGGUCACCCUUCCUCCCAUUGCUCCUGCAGUGCUGAAGAUGAUCUCAGAGAAAACAGAUUUCUACCAGAGAGUUGCCUGUGUGCUGUGGAAUCAGCUGAACAAGGAGACUCGGGAGCACCACAUUGCCUGUGUGGAGCUGUUCUACCGGCUGCACUGCCUGGCUCCCUCGGCCAACAUCUGCGAGGACAUCAUCUGCCAGGCCCUGCUGCACCGCGACAAGGGGACAAGGCUGGAGGCUCUGUUCAGGUUCUCUGUCAUGUGGCACCUGACCAGGGAGAUCCAAGGCAGCAGAGUGACCUCCCACAACCGCUCCUUUGAUAGGUCCCUGUUCGUGGUGCUGGACAGCCUGACGUGCUCGGACGGGGCCAUCGGGGCGGCGGCGCAGGGCUGGCUGCUGCGGGCGCUGUCGCUGAGCGACGUGGCGCGGAUCCUGGAGCCCGUGCUGCUGCUGCUGCUGCACCCGCGCACCCAGCGCACCGCCCUGCGCUGCCUCGGCCGCGGCGCCCCCACAGACUAUGUUCGUGAUUGGCUUUGCAAGAAAAAGGCCCCUCUGAAAGAGUCUGGCAUUUCUGAGAGCAAUUCUGAGGAAAACCUUCCCUUGAGCCAGUUCACCACUGUGGACCGAGAGGCGAUUUGGGCAGAAGUGGAAACGGAUCCAGAGAAAGCAGAGCUGAAAGCCGAGCAGCCUGACAACGAUGGAUCUUCCCAGGACACCGAGGGCGACCAGGACGACAGCGAGCACACGGAGUCUGCAGACACCAGCACAGGCCACGACAGUGACAACCCCUCCUCCCUGUCCCCUUCCCUGGAGCUGCAGGAGGUGAGCAGCGAGGACAGGGAGGCUGCGGCCGAGGGCAGGGAGGCCCCAGGGCACGGCAGCUCCCUCAGUGCCUCCGAGAGCUCCCGGUCCAGCGCGGGGCUCAACCUCGUCAGGGCCGACUCCGAGAGGACUCAGGCCUCGGAGUCUCUGUCCAGUGACGAGGAGAUGGAGCUGGAGCUGCAGGAGAUGGCGCAGAGCAGGCUGCUGAGGCAGCAGAAGGAGAAGCAGGAGCUGGCAGAGGCCCUGUUCAAGCACACCCUGCUGUACCUGCAGCCCUACGACUCCCGGCGGGUGCUCUACGCCUUCUCCGUGCUGGAGGCCGUGCUCAAAACCAACCCCAAGGAGUUCAUGGAGGCUGUGGCCACCACCAGCGUGGACACCAGCUCCACAGCACACCUGAACCUCAUCUACAACCUCCUGGCUCGCCACCAGGAAGCUCUGGUAGGGCAGAGCUUCUACGGGAAGCUGCAGCCUCAGUCUCCCGCGGCGUGCCCGCACUCGCUGCUGAUCGAGCUGCUCACCUCGCUGUGCCUGCGCUUCCUGCGCUCCUACUACCCCUGCUGCCUGCCCCUGAGCCACAGGGACCUGCUGGCCAACAGGGACGUGCAGGUCAAGAGCGUGGAGGUGCUCAUCAGGAUGAUGGCCCAGCUGGCCAGCACGGCCAAGGCGGGCGAGCCCCGGAGCGUGGAGCUGAUCCGGGAGCUGCUGGGGCGGUGCCAGGUGCAGGAGCUGGUGCUGCUCUCGCUCUCGGCCUCCAUGUACGUCAGCCACAAGCGCUACCAGCUGCUGGCCGGUGGCACCAACCCCCAGGAGCAGGAGAUCUUCCAGGAGAGCCUCAUCAACUUUGGCCACGAUCAGAUCUGGAGCGAGCACCCUCUCCAGAUUGAGCUGCUGAAGCUGCUGCAGGUGCUGAUUGUCCUGGAGCACCACCUUGGCCAGAGGCCUGAGGAGCAGGAGAACCAGCCGGACCUGUCCAAGGAGUGGCAGCAGGCUCUGAACUUCCAGCAGGCCAUCGGGGCCAUGCAGUACGUGUACCCACACCCCAUCACCUCGCAGGGCUUGUUUGUCUCUGCCGUGGUGAGGGGGCUCCAGCCCGAGUACGGCCACGGCAUGCACCCCACGUGGGUGGCCUUGGUCACCAGCUCCCUGCCCUACUUUGGCAAGUCCUUGGGCUGGACCGUGGCCCCGUUUGUGGUGCAGAUCUGUAAAAACCUGGAUGAGCUUGUCAAGCAGUACGAGAAUGAAGCUGUGAAGACUUCUGCCAAAACAUCAGCCAGCUUCACUUGUAAAAGAGAAAAUGUGACUCCUGAUUACCCCCUGACCCUUCUGGAAGGGCUGACAACCAUCGGGCACUUCUGCCUUCUGGAUCAUCCCCAUCCCACAAAAAAGUCAUCCUGUUCAGCUGAACCUGCCAACCUGAGGAAUGCCAGGAAUGCCAUCCUGGAGGAGCUGCCCCGGAUUGUGAACACCAUGAGCCUGCUCUGGGGGGUCAUCAAGAGGGAAGACUCCCAAAAAAGACCGACUGACUUCUUUGGGACAGCCAAGGGCUCCUCUUCAGUCUACUUCAAAGCAACCAAGACAUUAAGAACAAAAAUAUUGGACUUUUUGAAUCCCUUGACAGCACACCUUGGAAUGCAGCUGAUGGCAGCAACUGCAGCAGUGUGGAACAGCAAAAAACCUCACAGGAGUCACAGUAAAACCAAGAUUCUCCCAGUGGCCAGUGCAUCCCAGCUCAUUCUGGUGGAUUUGAUUUGUGCCCUGAACACGCUGAAAAUCGACACCAUCUUGUGUCUGGUCAAAGAGGUGGUGAAGAAACCAGCACAGAUCAAGGGGGAGGAGAAAUCCUCUCUGGUGGAUAUCCCAGUGCUGCAGUUCAGUUUUGCUUUCAUUCAGAGACUGCCUGUCCCAGCCCUGCAGGAGAAUUUCCAGCCCUUGCUGGGGCUCCUCAGAGAGUCAGUGCAGCUGAACUUGGCUCCUCCUGGCCACUUCCUCCUCCUCAGCAUCCUCAAUGACUUUGUGACAAGGACACCCACCCUGGAGAGCAAAAAGGACCAGAAAGACCUGCAGGAGGUGACCCAGAAGAUCCUGGAGGCUGUGGGCACCAUUGCUGGCUCUUCCCUGGAGCAGACCAGUUGGCUGAGCAGGAAUUUGGAAGUGAAAGCUCAGCCUCAGAUUUUACCAGAUGAAUUCAACACGGAGGAUGUCAAUGAUACAUCAGUGGCACCAUCUUCAAUGGUUUCUGCCUCUGCUCCUUCAAUCUACAGUGUGCAAGCCCUUUCUCUGCUGGCAGAGGUGCUGGCCUCCCUGCUGGACGUGGUGUACCGCAGUGACGAGAAGGACAAGGCCGUGCCCCUCAUCUCCCGCCUGCUCUACUUCGUGUUCCCCUACCUGAGGAACCACAGUGCCUACAACGUUCCCAGUUUCCGUGCUGGUGCUCAGCUGCUCAGCUCCCUGAGUGGAUACGCCUACACCAAGAGAGCCUGGAAGAAAGAAGUGCUGGAAUUGUACAUGGAUCCAUCUUUUUUCCAGAUGGACACUUCCUGCACUCACUGGAGAUCCAUCAUUGAUCAUCUCCUCACACAUGAGAAAACCAUGUUCAAGGAUUUGAUGACCAUGCAGAGCAGUGCCCUGAAGCUGUACCCCAGCUGCGAGCAGAAGGCCAUGCUGCUGAAGCGCCAGGCGUUCGCCGUCUUCAGCGGGGAGAUGGACCAGUACCACCUGUACCUGCCCCUGAUCCAGGAGCGCCUGACUGAGAACCUCCGCGUGGGCCAGACCUCGCUGGUGGCCGCCCAGAUGUUUCUGUUCUUCAGAGUUCUCCUCUUGAGGAUUUCCCCUCAGCAUCUCACCUCACUGUGGCCAAUCAUGGUCACAGAACUGAUCCAGACAUUUCUGCAGCUGGAGGAAGAAUUAACUGAGGAAGAGGAACCGGCAAAGAGCAACAGCAAAAUGAGCAAAGGCAAAGGGGCUGAGAUGCAGCCCAAGGAGCUGGGCCUGUACCUGGCAGCCUGCAAAUUCCUGGACACUGCCCUUUCCUUCCCCCCUGACAGGAUGCACCUCUUCCAAAUGUACAAAUGGGCUUUUGUGCCAGAGGUGGACACAGAAGCAUCUCCUGUCACCUCCCAGCUGCUGGAAAACCACCAGGAAUGCCAACCACACAUCGUGAGGAUCAUGGACCUGCUCAAGAUGAAAUACGGGGACCCAAAGCACCCUGAGGGAGCUGCCAGGAAUGCCAGGUUCCCCCUGCUGAGCCUGCACUCGGUGUCCAGCAUCACCCAGCUGCUGCCUUUCUUCCACACCCUGUGCUGGGCAUUCACAGCGCCGGGCAGUGCCCACCACAGCUGCCAGCCCUCUGCAGCCGCCCCCCUGCACUGCCCUGGCAGCAGCACCAGCACGCUCCUGCAGCAGCUGGAGCAAAGUGUGGAGUUGGAUUUCCUGGAAAAUAUGGAAAGCUGAGCACUGGGAUACACCUGAGUUAACCACAAAGAAAGCUUGGCUGAAAUUCUGGGUUUUUCCCCCAGAUUUCCAGCUGUAUUUUGGGAUUUUGGAAAGCUGAGCACUGGGACACUCCUGAAUUAACCACAAAGAAAGCUUGGCUGAAAUUCUGGGUUUUUUCCCCCCAGAUUUCCAGCUGUAUUUUGGGAUUUCCAGCUGCAUUUUGGGAUUUUGGAAAGCUGAGCACUGGGACACUCCUGAGUUAACCACAAACAAAGCUUGGCUGAAAUUCUGGUUUUUUCCCACCCAGAUUUCCAGCUGCAUUUUGGGAUUUUGGAAAGCUGAGCACUGGGACACUCCUGAAUUAACCACAAACAAAGCUUGGCUGAAAUUCUGGGUUUUUCCCACCCAGAUUUCCAGCUGCAUUUUGGGAUUUUGGAAAGCUGAGCACUGGGACACUCCUGAGUUAACCACAAAGAAAGCUUGGCUGAAAUUCUGGGUUUUUCCCACCCAGAUUUCCAGCUGCAUUUUGGGAUUUUGGAAAGCUGAGCACUGGGACACUCCUGAGUUAACCACAAAGAAAGCUUGGCUGAAAUUCUGGUUUUUUCCCCAGAUUUCCAGCUGCAUUUUGGGAUUUUGGAAAGCUGAGCACUGGGACACUCCUGAGUUAACCACAAACAAAGCUUGGCUGAAAUUCUGGGUUUUUCCCCCAGAUUUCCAGCUGUAUUUUGGGAUUUCCAGCUGCAUUUUGGGAUUUUGGAAAGCUGAGCACUGGGACACUCCUGAGUUAACCACAAACAAAGCUUGGCUGAAAUUCUGUUUUUUUCCCCCAGAUUUCCAGCUGUAUUUUGGAGUUUCCAGCUGCAUUUUGGGAUUUUGGAAAGCUGAGCACUGGGACACUCCUGAAUUAACCACAAAGAAAGCUUGGCUGAAAUUCUGGUUUUUUCCCCCCAGAUUUCCAGCUGUAUUUUGGGAUUUCCAGCUGCAUUUUGGGAUUUCCAGCUGCAUUUUGGGAUUUUGGAAAGCUGAGCACUGGGACACUCCUGAAUUAACCACAAAGAAAGCUUGGCUGAAAUUCUGGUUUUUUCCCACCCAGAUUUCCAGCUGUAUUUUGGGAUUUCCAGCUGUAUUUUGGGAUUUUGGAAAGCUGAGCACUGGGACAACUCCUGAAUUAACCACAAAGAAAGCUUGGCUGAAAGUCUGGUUUUUUCCCCAGAUUUCCAGCUGUAUUUUGGGAUUUUGGAAAGCUGAGCACUGGGACACUCCUGAGUUAACCACAAAGAAAGCUUGGCUGAAAUUCUGGUUUUUUCCCCAGAUUUCCAGCUGUAUUUUGGGAUUUCUCUUCAGUUAUUCAGGUGGUGAAAAGGAGGAAUCUCCAGCUGCUGUGGAGAUAAGGGAAUAAGGGAAGUUUGGUGGGAAUUUCUCAGAGUUUCUGUGGUUUAUUUGUUUUCCGUGGGGAGGAUUAAAGAUGUUUUGUAAAUAGAGGAAGAAUAUUUUGGACUUGGUGGAAGUAGCAGCUGCCCUGGGAGUUCUCCAGGACUUUAAAGUGUUUUUGGAACUGUGUCCUGAAGGAAAAAUGGAAGGAAAAUCCAAUAUUGCAUGUCAGUGUACAAUCAGUUUGCAGCGAGUCAUUUCCUGAGGUGAAAGCCCCUAAUUUGACCUAAACUGAUCAAAUUCUAAAAAAAAUCCCCCAAAUUCCCCACAGAUGGAUUGUCUGAGUCCCAGCAUUGUGCAAGGAGCUGCAGCUUUGCCCUGGCUGUCAUUUCAGAGCAGCAUCUUCAGGCUUAGCAAUUCCUAACAAAUCAGAAAUGUGCAUAAAACACAAACCUCUGCAGGAACAGUUUGUAAUUAGCAUUACUUGAGGGGAUUUUGAUUUUAAUGAAUCGAUUAAAAUAUUUAAAUUCAUAUUUUUUAAAUGAAAAACUUUCGUUCUUUCAGUGACUCAGGUGGCUGCAGCUUCUGCAAUGCAACUAAAUGAAGAUAAUGCUGUAAAAAUAGAAAUUGCUUAACUGAAAUGCAAAUAAUAUUCUUUGUUUUUUGUUUUUGUAAGAACGUUUUUUGUACAAAAGAAUGUAUUUGGCUGUUCCUGGAUGGUGAGAGAGGUAGGGGGAUCAUGCCAGUGCUUUUGCUAAGUUAAAAAGGACAUGGGAAAAGAUUUGGUUGGGAGUCAAGGAUUUCUCUUUCCCAAACUCCCACAACAACAAGGGAGGCUUCUCUGCAGUUUUAGGUACAGAUGGAUGAGAUUUUCAUCUCGGGUUUAUAAACUAAAAUAAUGCAACAUCCUUUCCUCUCACACACUGGAAUACUGUACAAAAAUAACAGCACAGGAGGCUUGUGCUGAACUUAUUUAAAUCUUUGCAUUUUUACAGGGAAGGAAAGUGGUGGACUGAGGUGUGGUCAUAAAGAAUGUGAAUUAUUUCUAUUAAUAUAAUUUAUUAAUGGUCUCUAAUGCUGUUGGAAUGAGCACAAGUGAAAAGUUUCCCUUUGAAAUGAAUGUUGGAGCAGGACAUUGUUAAAAUGUUGGUGUUCAUUUCCCACCUGUCUUCAAUAAUUUUUGUGGAUAAUCUGAAUACUCAGGAUGGUUUGCUGCUUUUACUCUCAGUUUGGUUGCGUUCCACACUUGGAUAUUUCCCUUCAAAUGCUGAGAAAGGAGAGCAGGGUUAGAUGGGAUGUUGGGAAGGAAUUCCUGGCUGGGACGGAAUUCCCAGAGCAGCUGGGGCUGCCCUGCAUCCCUGGCAGUGCCCAAGGCCAGGGGGACACUGGGGACACUGGGAGGUGUCCCUGCCAUGGCAGGGGUGGCUCUGGAUGGGCUUUGAGAUCCCCUCCAACCCAAACCAUUCCAGGAUUCUGUUAUUCCAUGAUUUUAUCAAACUGUCCGGUUUUCGGCUGUUUGGGUGGCCUGGAAAGGCCCGGGGUGGCCUUGGGGCAGCCGCGUUUCAAAGGAACAGAAGAGGCUUCAGUUCUUUUCUCGGUCUCGGUGUUUAUUAAUUGUUUAUCUAAAAGAUUUUCUCUGGGCCCGACAGAGCUCUGCUCAGCAGCCAGCCAUGAGCACACUCCCUGCCCUCCGGGCGGUCACCUAUCUUUAUACCCAAAGUUACGUGUACAAUAUUUAUCAUUUUUCCCCAAUACCUUUCACCCUUAUUGCCCAGUGCACUUUUAGUAAUGACCAAUCCCAAAGUGCCACCAUCACCACAGAAGAUGGAGGAGAAGAAGAAGAAGAAGAAGGACAGGACACGCCCCAAUUCCUCCAUCUUACUUCUCUAAACCCCCCUGUACAGAAAUCCUAAACCCUGUGUCUCACUCUCUAAUUAACCAAUCCCUUCACCAUUCACCCCGGUGAAACCCUCCUGUCCUCAUACAGGUGUCGUCUCCUGUGUGGGAUCAAAGUGCAGCCACCAGACACUUCUGGAACAUUCCAGGACUCCCGAGCCCCCCAAGGGUGCUCUCGGUGACACCUCAGUCCUGAGCUGCUGAGAUCCCACAUCAAAUGGUGUUAAAAUCUAAGAAAACUUUCUGCUUUCAGUGGCAUCAGACAUUUAAGGGACUUGCAGAAUCCUUCCACUGCAGAAGAAAAAGUUCUUUAUGAUUUGGUAUCCAAGCAGAUCUUUUAUAAUUAUAAAUAAGGUGUGAAAGAGGAGGAAAGGGCUUUGACUAAAAGUCCUGUUGGAGUGCUGGAGGAGCAGAGUUCCACAGGCCCAGAGGGGAAUAUUUGAUUGCUUUAUUCCAUGACUUUAUUACUGUUCCAUGUGGGACUGACUGUGGUUGUUUUCUCCCCCUGAUGAAUCCCCUGAGGAGCCAGAGCAGGGCUCUCCUGCUCUGAGCUGCUCCCACCAAAGCAGAGCAGCCUCUCUGGAAUCUGGAAUCUGGAAAUGCCUGGAACUCCAGACAUCCUCUGCUUUUCCAGGGCAGGAAAUGCUUUUGCUUUGCUGUGAUUUUGCUUUUCAGUCUAACCAAGCUCAGCUUUGGCCUUGGGACACUUCGGCUCCAGUGCAGCAGAGCCACAGUGCUCAAAGGGGGACCUGGAAAUAUUCCAAAGGAUUUCAUUGUCCUGAAAGAAAAAAUCAAAAUCAGGAGGUGCAACCAAGGGAAACUGCUGGAGAGCAGCAGGACUUGAAGUGUAGAGCAUUAAGUGAUGGUUGUGUACCCCAUACCAUACAUGAAUGUAAUUCUUCUAUGAAUAUUAAAUGUUAUUUUGCAA